CUAAGGGCAGAAGAGGAACAGACAUGAAGGGGGAAGGGCCUAUUGCUUUAAAUUAAACCGAAUGCAGAAGAGAGAAGUUGAACAAAUGUCUCCAAACUGAAAGGGAAACAGUAAAACAAAGAGGUAAAACAAAAAUAGGAGCAGAGAGUGGCUAACCGUGAGCCACAAAGAGGGCAUAGUCAAACAAUGGCGCCCUGGACCAGGACUACAACAGAACGCUAUGGUGUCGUCAAAUGGAAUUUCCGAGGCAAAGGAGAGCAACAGCUUUCUCUGGAGGUGGGAGAAACCGUUCACAUACAAGAAGAGUGUGAAGGUUGGUAUAGAGGAUAUCUGGCAAAGAACAGGACACAACAUGGUGUGUUCCCAGCAAGUUUUAUUCAUAUGAAGGAAGUCGUCAUUGAAAAACAGGGAGAUGAGGAGGUGAUCAUAUCAGCUGAAAUGCCUCUUGUCAAGGAGGUGACCACCACACUGAGAGAAUGGGGGACUAUAUGGAAACAGCUCUAUGUGUCGAACAAAGAGGCUCGGGUCAAACAGGUCCAAAGGCUUAUGUGGGAGCUGAUGGAGUGGCGUUCCCAGCUCCUGUCUGGCACCCUGCCCACAGACGAAUUCAAAGAGCUAAAGCAAAAAGUCACCUCCAAGAUUGACUACGGCAACAAGAUUUUAGAGCUCGAUCUGGUGGUGCGUGAUGAAAACGGCAACAUUUUGGAUCCAGAAAAAGCCAGUAUCAUCAGCCUGUUCAGAGCCCAUGAAGAUGCCACAACUAAAAUCAAUGACCGCAUCAAAGAGGAACAGUCAAACGUUCAGACAGAGCACUGCGGGAUCUCAGCACGGAUCCAGUCCUCCCCGACCCACAGUCUGUAUGUGUUUGUGAGGAACUUUGUCUGUCGAAUCGGAGAGAACUCUGAGCUCUUCAUGUCUCUGUAUGACCCCAUCAAACAGGCCAUUAUCAGUGAGAAUUACCUCGUCCGCUGGGGAAAGGGAGGUUUUCCCAUAGAGCUCGACAUGCUCAACAACCUGAAAGUUGUAUUUACUGAUUUAGGAAACAAGGACUUGAGUAGGGAGAAGAUUUAUCUCAUCUGUCAGAUUGUACGAGAAGGAAGGAUGGAUUUGAAAGAGACUCAGAGCAAGAAGUUGACCCAAGGUUUAAGGCGACCUUUUGGAGUGGCAGUGAUGGACAUCAGUGACAUAAUUAAAGGGAAGAUCGAAUGUGAUGAAGAAAAACAGUUUUUCAUCCCCUUCUCUCCGGUUGUUGCUGAGAAUGAUUUUCUUCACACUUUACUAAACAAAGUAACAGCAUCGAGAGGAGACAGCGGUGGCCAAGGCCUAUGGGUGACCAUGAAGGCCCUGGUUGGAGAUAUUGUGCAGAUCAGGAAGGAGUACCCUCACCUGGUGGACCGCAGCACAGUUGUGGCUCGUAAACUGGGCUUCCCUGAGAUUAUAAUGCCCGGGGACGUACGCAACGACAUCUAUUUGACUCUGCAGGGCGGCGACUUCGACAAAUACAAUAAAACCACACAGAAAAACGUGGAAGUCAUUAUGUGGGUCUGCGAUGAGGAGGGCAAGGUCAUACAGAACUCCAUCUGUCGAGGAGCCGGGGAUAAACCGGUCAGUGAGUACAGAUCUGUUAUCUACUACCAAAUCAAACAGCCGCGAUGGAUGGAGACAUUUAAGGUGGCUGUCCCUCUGGAGGAGAUGCACCGGAUUCAUUUGCGCUUCAUGUUCAGACAUCGCUCUUCCCAGGAGUCUAAAGACAAAAGCGAGAAGAACUUUGCGAUGGCGUUUGUGCGUCUGAUGAAGGACGAUGGGACGGUGCUUCAGGAUGGACUGCAUGACCUGAUUGUCUUCAAGGGAGACAGCAAGCGCAUGGAAGAUGUAUCCUCCUACUUGUCGUUGCCCUCUACUCGUUACCAUCACGGAGACUUCCACAAGGGGGCAGCACUGAGCCGUAGCGCCAGCAGUUUAUCUGGGAGUGCAGGAGGGCUUUCUGUCAGCUCCAGGGACAGCUUCACCAUCUCCACUCUGGUCUGCUCCACCAAGCUCACUCAGAAUGUUGGUCUGCUUGGGUUGCUCAAGUGGAGGACUCGCCCUGAGCUUUUGAAAGAAAACCUAGAGAAACUGAAAAUUAUUGAUGGAGAGGAGGUGGUGAAGUUUCUACAGGACACACUGGACGCCUUGUUCAACAUCAUGAUGGAGCACUCUCAGACAGAUGACUAUGACAUCCUUGUAUUUGAUGCCUUGAUAUACAUUAUUGGGCUCAUCGCUGACAGAAAGUUUCAACAUUUCAACACAGUGCUGGAGGCAUAUAUCAAGCAGCAUUUCAGUGCCACACUGGCUUACAAGAAGCUGAUGUCUGUGCUGAAGAGAUAUCUGGAUGUGUCCAGCCGAGGGGAACAGUGCGAGCCCAUCCUCCGGACUCUCAAAGCCCUCGAGUAUAUCUUCAAGUUUAUUGUGCGCUCACGGAUGCUCUAUUCCCAGCUAUACGAGGGAAAGGAGCAAGCUGAGUUUGAAGACUCUUUGAAAAGACUUUUUGAAUCUAUUAACAAUCUGAUGAAAACAGACUACACCACCACUCUGCUCAACAGGGUUGCUGCCCUGAAAUACCUUCCAACCGUGCUCCAAGAUGUUGAGAAGGUUUUUGAUGGUAAACUGCUCAGCCAGUUGUUGCAUGACUUCUACUCCUGCAUUCCUCCCGAGAAACUCCAAAAACAGAAGGUGCUUUCCAUGACUGAGAUUGUCAGCAGCCAUCUCUUCCAAAAACAAGAUUGCCGUGAUGUUUUACUACCCAUGAUGCUGCGGGAGCUGCGUGUCGCAUUAGCCAGCAUGGCCGAUGGACCCCAUGAUGAGCGCAGAAAUAGCCUGGAGCUGCUCAACAACAUUCUGGAAGUUCUCAGCAGGGACAAUGUGGGAGAAACAUUUCAACAUGUCCAGGACAUCGUGGUCUCUCUGCUCACCAUUAUCAACAGGACAGUCAUCUCAAUGGGGCGAGAACAUGCUCUCAUAUCCAGAGUAAUGGCAUGCAUGACAGCUAUCCUAAGCCAAAUGACUGACCAGCACUACUCUGCGUACCUGGAGACCUUCACGAGAAACUCUGACCUCGUGGACUUCCUGAUGGAGUCCUUUCUACUCUUCAAAGAACUGAUUCGAAAACAUGUCUAUCCAACUGAUUGGAUGGCUAUGAUAAUGGUCCAGAACAGAGUUGUUCUCAGAGCCAUCAACAUCUACGCUGACACCAUGAACCAAAAGUUCCUGAACGAUAAUAACUUUGAAGUACAGCUCUGGAAUAACUACUUCCACUUGGCGGUGGCAUUUAUUACCCAGGAGUCAUUGCAGCUUCAGCACUUCUCUCCCACCAAGAGGAACAAGAUUCUGGCGAAGUACGGUGACAUGAGGCUACUGAUUGGCUUUGCUAUCCGAGACAUAUGGUACAAACUAGGUAAUCAUAAGAUCUGCUUCAUCCCGGACAUGGUUGGUCCGAUCCUGGAGAUGACGUUGAUCCCAGAGGAAGAGCUGAGAAGAGCCACAAUCCCCAUUUUCUUUGACAUGAUCCUCUGUGAUCAUGAGCAUUCUGGAAACUUCAGCAAGUUUGAGAAUGAGAUCAUACAGAAACUAGACUAUGAGGUGGAAGGAGGAGGCGGAGAUGAACGCUACAUGCAACUGCUGGAAACUAUCCUGCUUGACUGUGCCUCAGAGAAACACACACUCCAGCCCCAAGUGCAGCACUUUGUUGCAUUGGUGAAAGGACUUCUCAUCCGUCUUCUGGACUACCGCACUGUGAUGAGCGAUGACAGCCGCAACAACCGCAUGAGCUGCACUGUCAAUCUCCUGAACUUUUACAAGGAUAUCAACCGCGAGGGGAUGUACAUCAGGUACUUGUACAAAUUGAGGGACCUUCACUUGGAGGGGGAAAACUACACAGAGGCAGCAUACACACUGCUGCUACACACCCGGCUGCUCAAGUGGUCCGAUGAAAUGUGUAACCCUCAGUUUGAACUUCACGGCCCUCAGACUCAGAGACAGCUCAAAGAGACGCUCUACGACACCAUCAUCGACUACUUUGACAAGGGCAAGAUGUGGGAAGAGGCCAUCACUUUGUGCAAAGAGCUAGCAGAACAGUAUGAAAAUGAGCUAUUCGAUUACGAGCUGCUCAGCAAGAGACUGGAAAAACAAGCUAAGUUCUACGAGAAUAUAAUGAAGAUCCUCAGACCGAAGCCUGACUACUUCGCUGUUGGGUUCUAUGGACAUGGCUACCCUCCAUUUCUCAGGAAUAAGGUGUUUAUCCAUCGUGGGAAGGAGUACGAGCGCAGAGAGGACUUCCAGAACCAACUCAUGUCCCAGUUCCCCAGUUCUGUGCGCCUCAACACAACCACCAUGCCUGGGGACGACAUACAGGACUGUCCCCUUCAGUAUAUACAAUGUUUUACUGUGCAACCUGUGCUGGAGAUCCCCCCUCGCCUGAAGAACAAGCCAGUGCCUGACCAGAUUAUCAACUUCUACAAGUCCAACUACGUGCAGCGCUUCCACUACUCCCGGCCUGUGAGGAAAGGACCUGUGGAUCCGAACAAUGAGUUUACUUCCAUGUGGAUAGAGCGUACCACAUUCACCACAGUGUACAAGCUGCCUGGGAUCCUACGCUGGUUUGAAGCCUCUGACAUUAAACAUACGACCUUGUCACCACUGGAGAAUGCCAUUGAGACGAUGGAGUCCACCAAUGAGAAAAUCCUGACCAUGAUUAAUCAGUAUCAGGCCGACUGGAGUCUACCCAUCAACCCUCUGUCUAUGCUGCUUAAUGGCAUUGUGGACCCAGCGGUCAUGGGCGGCUUUGCCAAGUAUGAGACGGCUUUCUUCACUGAUGAGUACACUCAAGAGCACCCAGAAGACCGGGACAAACUCAUGCGCCUCAAAGACUUGAUUGCAUGGCAGAUACCAUUACUCGGAGCAGGACUCUCUCUCCAUGGAAAGAGAGUGACCGAUGACCUCCGACCUUUCCAUGAGCGCAUGGAGGAGUGCUUCAAACAGGUUAAGAAGAAAGUGGAGAAGGAGUACGGCGUGAGGGAGCUGCCUCAUCUGGAUGAGAGAAAGUCCACUCGUCCUCGCUCCAUGCUGCGAUCUUACCGUCAGUCAAUUAUCUCUAUCUCAUCAUUGCAAGGCUCAGAAUGUAGCACCCCGACCAAGACACACGCUGACAGGGAUAUACCACCAGAGUCACCGGUGUGGCCGUCUACUCUGCCACGCUCCAGCGGCAGUGUGAGCACAAACACAGGGGAGGAGGUGGUUACCGUUGGCGACGCGGAGGUCAGAUUGAGGAAGAGCAAGAAGAAGAAGAAAAGGAGCAGCAUGAUCUUCAUAACAGAGGAGAGGGAGCGGACGAACACUCUGGAGACCAAGAGGCUGUCUAAGAAGCAGGAGUUCCGCAGUGACACCAACCUGUGUGAGCCCAAUGAGGGGAAUGUGAGGUUAACCAACUCCAAAUCCUUACCCACAAUACCAGGUCUGUCAUUGUCAGUGCCAGUGGGAUCAGAAGAGGUGGACAGUGCCAGAACAAGAAGGGACAGCAAGAGCAUGUCCGUGUGUGUGACAUCGGACCGGACUGCUGACAGACGAUCAAAAGGUGUGAUCAACCUGCUUUUCAAAUCUAAGAGCUCCAAGUCUGAAGACGUCAAGAACAGUGAUUCUACCAAAAACAACGAACAUUUCUAAAGUCAAUAAUUUCUUUUUGAAAAUAUAAAGUUUACAUAAAGAACUAGCUGGAGGCAGUGCUGUUUUCAUACUUGCUCAGCUCACCUGUCAGAAGCACUAUAGCUCUGGCCUAAUGUGAUUGAUUUACUUACUUAUCAAUAAAGGCUAUUUUUGCAGUGUGACCUUUUUCGCCAGUAAUUUAAAUGUUUUUGCAGUGAAGCUAAAUGCCAUCUUACAGCUUUUCAAUCAAUGUUAGCCCCUGCUGCUGAAUGCACACAAACAUCCCAUUGAUGUGCCUGAUUAAAAGCUCCAUGUUGUACAGUUUUCA